GAGUUGGGUUCGCUCGCUUUUUGGUGUGUUCCGUGCGGUGGGAUUGUUUACGACACACGAAAUGUCAGCAGAUAACAACACCUAAAUAAAGUUGAUGAGUUUUGUGCUUAUCCGCUUACAGUUUAGGACUUCCAAAGUACGAUGUGGUGUAAAAGUAGAACGCGCUAUUUUCACUUUUUCGUUAUAUAAAGUUUAAUGUAAUUGUUUCACUUCAGCAUCUGUUGUGAUGCUUUAUUAUACUCUUUUCCAAUAGAAAACUCUUUACCAGUGAAUAUUAAUCGUAUUGUUUGGAUUUUAAACACGAAUGUACAAGUGCUAUUUUCUCAACGCUCGGGUCUUUAAUGAAAAUGCAAGGAGACGAUCCUCCUUACUUAUCUGUGGGCACCGCAGUUAGUGCGAAAUAUAAAGGAGCAUUCUGCGAAGCCAAAGUUUCAAAAGUUGUUCGAGUUGUGAAAUGCAAAGUUACCUACAAGAUGGGCUUAGGUACUGCUACGGUUAGUGACGAGCAAAUUAAAGGUCCUCUACGUGUCGGUCAAGUCGUUCAGGCUAAACAUUCCGAUAAAAAGGAGUAUGUAGAAGCAACCAUUGCAAAGAUACAAGACUGUAGUCAAUAUACUGUUGUUUUCGACGAUGGGGAUAUUACCACGCUAAGAAGAACCGCUUUGUGUUUAAAAAGCGGGCGACAUUUUAAUGAGAGUGAGACAUUAGAUCAGCUUCCGCUAACCCACCCUGAACACUUUGGCAAUCCUGUUGUCGGUGGACGUAGGGGACGAAGAAGUAGGCAGAUGAAGGAAGAUAGCAGCGAAGGGGAAGUUGAAGAAGAAAACGAGCCCGACUUGGAAGUGUACACAAUGGAAGUAGGUCGGGUCGUUUGCGUCGAGGCGAGUGAUAAAAAGCGUAACAAGGACAAUUGGUUUCCGGGACUUGUAGUUAUGCCUUCCGCACAGCCCACAGUACGGAUUAACGUAAAGGACGAAUUUUUAGUUAGGUCUUUUAAGGACGGACGAUAUUACACAGUACCUCAAAAGGAAGUGUCCGAGUUUAGUCGGGAUAUGGCAUCUAAAGUUGAGAGUACAAUGUUAGCGGAGGCCGUGGAGAAAGUUAUGCGUUAUUUGGAUAAUGAUGAACUGCCUGUCCACUGGGAACGAAGUUUGUUAUUUCAUAAUUCUCUACAAACUGCAUCCUCAGACUCUGAUGAAAACUUUUCGGAUAGUUCGGAAGAUGAAACGCCGGAAGAAAAAGAUCAUUUCGUCGCUCAACUAUAUAAAUUUAUGGACGAUAGCAAUACGCCGUUAAAUAAAAGUCCAAUGAUCGGAAAUAAAGACGUCGAUCUUCACAAACUGUUCGAUGUGGUUCGGAAAUUGGGAGGCUACAAUCGGGUAACGAACAAAAAUAAAUGGAGAUCUGUAACUCUUCGGCUAAAGCUGCCGAACAAUUUAAGCACUCAUAAUCAAGUAAAAGUAGUAUAUAAAAAGUGUUUAUUAAGUUAUGAGGCAUUCCAUCGUACUUUAGGUGUUACAAUGCUUAAUCAUCCGCGUAACGCCAAGAAAAGUCGAGGAAGGAGUUUAAUUCGUGAUAAAGAUCGGAACACUCCCGUUAACAGUCCUCGUCCAGAAAAAGAGGAGGACGUUGUACUACCGGAAAAAAAGGAAGAGGAAAAACCGCCCGAAGAAAAGCCGAAACCUGUUCCGAAAAAAGCUGAAACCAAACCAAAAGUUGAAGAAGAAAAAAAAGUUAAAGAUAUUGUACUUGCUGAUGUAAGUGAUACAAAUAGCAGCGAUGCCACUGAUAUCUUAGAGGUCACGGCGAAUGUGUCUGUACGUUUGCGAAGAACCGAAUCUAAAGCCAGCCGUGAACGUAAACCCAAACCUGCUGCUGGUGAAAAAGUUAAAGCGCUUGUGGAAAAGUUUGAAGAGCAUGCAAAAAAAGAGGAGAGAGAAGAGGAAAAGCAACAGACUAGAUCGAAAUCCCAAACCCCUAAAAUUAAAGAGAAGGAAGUACCACCCGAAAAACGCAGUCGUGAGUCGAAGACACCAGUACGAGAAACUCCAUCGCCAAGUAAGGCCUUAACUAAAUCUGUUAAAAAAGUCGAAGAUGACAAAAAGCGAGGACGCAAACGCGUUAAUACAGAAGAAAAGGACAAACUUUCGGACAGUACCAUCAUCGAGUCCUCAUUUAUCAAUCCUGUAGUGGGAAUAGGCGACAAGCUCAAGGUUUUUUAUGGUCCCACAAAUGAGUCGAAAGUGACUUAUGAGGCAAAAGUCAUCGAAAUAGAUAAAGAAGCGGUUAGUCCCAUGUAUUUGGUGCAUUACACCGGCUGGAAUACACGUUACGAUGAGUGGAUUACGCCAGUUCGUAUUGCUGAAAACCUUAGCGCGACUACUAAAGCAAAAAAAUUGAAGAGUGGCGCCACCAGUAGCAAGGUAGCGACUCCUAAAUCGUUGUCGAAACGCGGUAGGCGAAUGUCUAUUACUGGACGGAGUUCUUCACAAGACGUACCGCCACGUUCCACAACUCCAUCCAGCGUGACAUCGACCUCCAGCCGAACAAAGAGCCCCGCAACUCCCGUCGCGCGAGGAUUUAGAACGACACGUUUAGGCGAAGUGAGUCGACGCACCCGACGAACUUCGGGUCAAACUGACAUCUCGAACCACUCCGAGUCGGAAAGUGACGGCGGUACCGAAAGUGACUCUGAAAUGGUCAAGACACGAAGUGGUGUUAAAGCUGAGGACGUGGAAAAUCGAUUACUCAAAAAGAAGGCGGUGAAGUCUGCUUUAUUGAAACUGGAUAAGCACAAAGAUGACGUUGGCGAAAAAGAAGAAGAUAGCGUCGGCACAGAAAAACCGAGGAGUGGAAGAAAAUUUAAAAAAAGCGAAAGUAAAUUACGGGACAGCGAUGAAGAUAACAGUAGUCCACCAAAAGGGCGCGAUUUUGAUUUAAAUCAAAUAAGGUCGGAGUUAAAAGGUUUUGCUAAAGCUGUUAAAAUUACAAGCAGCGACACGGCCGAAAAGGAAACCAACUCGUCGGAUGAGUCUAGUACUGUUCCCGAUAUCGCAGCCACUACAUCUGAUAAUUCUGAUAAAGAUAGCCAGAACGUAUUGCAGAAGUCUUCUAGUUCUGAUGACAUUUACGAAUUUAAGGAACCGGAACCUUUCGAAUUUGAGACGAGAACGAAAUUGGUGGACGAGAAAAAUAAAAAGCGUAUAAUGCCCAGACUUUUUGAAGAUUUGGAUAAGUCGCCGAGUAAGCGGAAAAGUUCGCCUAUUAAAAAUAAAGAGGAGGUUGACGCAGAUAAGAAGCGGUUGCGUCGCGUACCAAUGAAAAAAUCUGAUCUAUUAGAUGAUGAUGAUGAUGAAGAAAGUGACAAUGUUAGCGUCAAUAGUGAUAUAACAAAAAUGGUAAUUGAAGAUCCCUUCGAUAAAUUAGUUGAAUCGCCAUCGUUUCACAGCGGCAAGGAGAAGGUGUCACUCAUUGCUCUGGAUGAAAAGCACAAGGCGGUUAAAAAUUUAGGUUUGGAUGAACCGCUAAGCCUGUUUCAUGGAUUAUCAGAAACAAGGGAAGAUGAUAGUGGUGAUCAGUUGGAUAUAUCUGACACGGAAGAAUCUCAAAAUGAGCCGUUGUUCACUCACAAAGAACAGCUGUUCUCAGAAGCCUCAUUUUCGAAAGCUUCACCCGAUCAUUCAGAGUUAGAUCCAAUAUUUCGCGGUUUUAUGCCUAAACUUGAUGAUAGGAAGCAGAAAGACAGUGACGAUGAUGAUGCAACCAUACGGGCCUCCAUUCAGAGUGUCAUAAACCAGGGUUCUUCUAGUGAUGACGAUAGUAAUCAUCCCCUUUUAAGUAUCCCUUCGUUUUCCGCCUUCCAAGAUAAAGUGGAAAGUCGAACACUCCAAUCCGUUAAGGAUAAAUCGAGCGUAUUAAGUGGUAACGAGUCUGAGGACGAAUUUAAAAUCGCCGAAGAUGUCGCUUUAGAAGUCAAAGAAUCGGCAGAUGAGCCGUCAACGUCCUCCAUGUCGAAACAUAUAUCACCAGCACUCCAAGAGACGGAAAGCACGUUGUUAGAAACCAUUUGUUCACCAACAGAAAUUUUAACAAAAUUGGACGAAACUAAAGAAAUUAAUAUUAAAACUGGAACCAAAAUUGCAGAUUCCCUCCUGCAAAAAUUCAGUAUGAUUAAAGAUGAGUGUGUGCAGGAGUCUGCCACCAUUGAAGAAGAAUCUGUAGUAAAGGUAGAACCAGUCAAAACUGAAUUAGUGCCCGAGCAUCCCGACGAAAUUGAAGAAGAGUCUGAAUUGAUGGAAGAUAAACCAAUCGAUACAAAACCAAAAAUUGAUUCUAAAACAAAAGUCGGCGAACACAAGAAAGUGGUUGCUUCAGUGGAGGGCAAGGGGAAACUAUUGGAGACCAAAGUUAGGUCGAUGAUUCUCAAACCAGAAAUAAUUCCAGAGUUAAAAAAGAGGUCUCGGAAGAUUGUAAGCAGGGAAUUUAUCGAGGAAUCGGACACGGACAGUACAGAUUCGGAAGAACGAUUGAUAAUCGCGAGGUCCGAUGACGAAUCCCAGACGAAUUCUUCAAUUGAUAUGAAAGGGUCAAGUAACGUGGUGGAGGAAUCGCAGUACAGCUUUAAGUUUGAACCCGACUGCGAUGCAAAGGUGGCGGAGAAAUCUGAAGAUGACGUUAAGAAAGAGGAGGAACCUGAUUCGCAUUUGCAUUCCUUGCUUUUGUGCGAAGAGACGAUUCCUGGAAGUCCGGCGCCUGCAUCUGAAGGAAGUGCAAUUAUUGAAAGUAAGCCUGUCGCUAAGUCGGUACUGGAGAUGCCUUUUGCUAGUGCUCCGGGUAGUAGUAACAAUAAAUCGGACAUUAUUAGUAGGGAGGUGAAGGUGGUUACCAAGGAUAGACCCGCGGGUCCGCCGCUGCUUCUCCCAGUGGAAAAUCGUGAGAAGGAGACUAAAGAAGCCUCAACAGUCUUGGACAAUACACCCCCUACGACUCCAGAGAGUACACUCAGUAAUUUGUCACCACGAGGUGAUCCUGGUGAUCUGUCAAAUACUGGCGACAAUGAAAGCUAUAAAUCCAUCGAUGGUGAAGGUGAUUUUUCUGUUCAACAAAGAUGUUCUUCCAAUAAAGUUUCUCCGUACAGCGAAGAGGGCAGCAUGGACGCUUUACUGAAUUCCGAUGCGAUGAGUUCUACUAAAAAACCACUCGACAGUAUGAGCCCAUCUCCGUGUAGGAAAAGAAGGCGAUCGUGUAAAGUUCCAGACGAUUUGCCUAUCAAACGUGGGAGAAAAACAAAUCGAUCGCGCCAUAACAGCGACAGCGACGAUACGUCUGAACAUUCAAUUGGAAAUCUACCCUUGUCUUCCAGUAUUAACAUCGAAACGAGGUUAACUCGGUCUCCGAAACCAUCGAAGUACAAUUUCUACGUCGAACUAGAUCCUAGUUUGGAUAGUGCUCAAAGAAUUGCUAUUUUGCAACAAAAGUUGCAAGAGAUAAGGAAAACGUAUGCAGAUGUGAAAGCCGAAUUAGCAGCAGUGGAAAGGAGAAGGAAAAAGUUGCGGAGGCGAGAAAGAGAAGCUAAAAUGGCAGCUAAGCAAGAGUUGGUGGUUACAUGAUCCAAACUGUGUUUAUAGAUUUAAAACUCGUAGGGAUUUUAAUGUAGUGUUUAAGUGAUAAAAUUGGUGUCGACUUCGAUUAAAAAUGUAAUUAUGAGUGAAGCACAUGACAUUACAUUUAAACUAAUUUGUAAGUAAGUACAUUAUACUUUCAUGUAAAUAUGUCUUAGAGAGAAGAGAAGUAUGUUGCAAUUUGCAUUAUUUAAUGUUAAGUCUAAUAACAUUGAA